AUGAUUUUUUCUCACCGCUCUCGCUGUGAGCUUUAUAUUGACAAGCCUUUACUGAUUAUACCAACAUUAGAAUAUGGCUGUGAUCUCUCUGGUGAUAAUGACCUGGUAGAAAUCACACAACACCAAGGAGGUUCAGUUCUGUUACCCUGCUCCUGCUCUGACCUGAACACCAAACCUCAGACAUUCACCUGGAGGACCUACAGAACAGGACCUUCGACUGACGUGUUAAAUGAUGAACACUACCGUGGCAGACUUCAGCUGUUUAAUAACAUUUCUCCUGGUAAUCUGUCUCUGUUCAUAUCUGACCUGAGAGAAGAAGAUGGGGCAGACUACAGGUGCAGCACUGAGAAGGAAUACAGAGACAUGAAGAUUAAUGUUAAAGUAGGAAGAAGAGAAACUUCAACACACUCGGGGAAAACAGACAGAAGACCUCCAUCAGAACAGCCUCCAAGUAAAACAACAAACUCUCCACCUUCAUCAUCCUCAACAACACUGGAACAAGAUAAACAACAAACUCACAGCAGACUCCCUCUGGGCUGUGAGCUGGUGAAGAAGGCAGAGGUAGAGGACAUGACUGUGUUCACAGGAGAGUCUGUAGUUCUGCCCUGUGUCUGCACUGACCUACAGAACAAACCAAAGUCUCUAAAAUGGGAGUUUUCAAUACCAACAGAAUCUAAUAGCAAUCAUUAUCAGGAAAUUUACCCUGAACAGACUGGACAUCACAGAAACAGAGUCAAACUGGUCAGUAAAAACUCUCCAGGAAACCUCUCUCUACUCCUAUCAGACCUGACUGAAGAGGACCAGGGAAACUACAGAUGUUCUGUACAGGCAGAGAGAAAAGAUUUCAGACUAAAUGUUAAAGUAGGAAGAAGAGAAACUUCAACACACUCGACAGAAGACCUCCAUCAGAACAGCCUCCAAGUAAAACAACAAACUCUCCACCUUCAUCAUCCUCAACAACACUGGAUCAAGAUAAACAACAAACUCUACAUUAUAUUUUUAUUAUAA